AAAACGAUCUGACCAAGACCUCAUGGAUAGGCUCAGCCAACUUCGGAGCGUGCACUUUACUAGGUCCAGUUGCUGGGUUGAUACAGGCUAAAGCUGGUUCCCGUGUUGCGGCUAUGGUUGGUGCCGCUUUAACCUUAACAGGUAUGACUGUUGCCUCGUUCUGCAAAUCGACACUUGGCCUGGUGCUCACCUAUGGCCUUGUAUCAGGAUUUGGUGUUUGUCUGGCUUGCAAUGUGGUUGGCGUUGUAACAGGGAAGUACUUUUCAAAGAGGCACGAAACAGCGUUUGGUGUGUGCAUUGCUGGUGGAGGAUUGGGUCUCUUUGUUGCCGGACCUCUUGUGAGAUACCUUCUCAGUCAGUACAACCUAAGUGGGGCGCUUCUUAUCCUUGGUGCAAUAGAAUUCCACAUGUGUGUUGCUGCUGUUACCUUGAGACCACUCCGGAAGGAACAGGCUCAAAGUGUAACUGAAAUUAAGAAUGAUCAUCGAGAGGACAAAAACAUUGACACAGGUUACCAUGACAGGUUGUUGCAAUCGACUAUUUGCAAAGUCUUCAGGUCUCUUAGAGUUCUAAAACAUAUUGGAUUUCUUAUAUACAACGUAAGCAUCAUGCUGUGGGCACAUGGUGAAGCAGCCGCUGUUUUCCAUCUUCCAUAUUAUGCUCAACAAAAAGGAAGCUCUCCAGACCAGGCUGCAACGCUUUUCACUGCAAUGGGAGUUGGAAGUAUAUUCUCAAGACUAGCCGCCGGAAUAAUGGCCUCCGAUUCGAAAAUCCCAUACCUCACACUCCACAUAGGCCUUACUGGCAUAUCUGGAAUGGUGCUUCUGUUAUUCCCUCUUUAUUCACACACAUACACUACUCAGCUUGUGUUUGGGAGUCUCUAUGGGACUUACAGCCAAGGUAUGAAUACUCUGGUUGGUCCCAUGGUCCUUAACUUGGUAGCUGUGGAGGAGGUUCCAGUGGCUUAUGGGUGCGCAUUUUUCUUUCAGGGAAUUGGAUACAUCUUAGGACCUCCGAUAGCAAGUUGGAUUUAUAAGUUAAGUGGCGCUUACGAUUUUACAUACGUUUUUGCAGGAUCGUCCAUGGUAUUGAGUUCAGUGUUGGCAGCAGCUGUUGGUGUGGUAAGAAGAAAGGAUUUACAGAGAAUGGAUGCACGGAGUCUGGAUGUAAAACAGGAUGAUGUGAAGUAUUAGUGAAAUCAUGAUUGGUACACCAGUGCAUGUCUGCACCAUAUGUCAACAUCCAGAGAUUAAAGUGACAUGUAACUGUUGACUUCCAUUGCCAUAGAAGUUUAUCAUUUUACCAGGCUACGAUAGUCUUAUCUCUACGGCUCCUUACAGCGACUUUGAUACUCACCUCUUGCUACACAGACUGUAACAACCCUGGGCCGGUGUACACGAAUCGGAUUCCAGUGAAAACUGCAAAACAAUUCACUUCCUCAUAUAUCUGCUCUCAAAUGUGUGUACUUCUAAGUGCGAUUAAGCACAUAUCUAAAAUCAAGAAUGUACAGAUUUUUAUUGCUGAGCGAAAUGGAAGAUAUAACAGCUUUUGGUUUCCAAUCGAUAAGUGAAUAUACAAACAAUUACUCGCAUUUGAAAGCGAGUGCCUCGGGAACUGAAUCAUAUUUUAGCUGUCGCUAGAUCACGACGCAUGAAGUUU